GUCUACUCGGGAACUGGUGAAUUGAGAAACUAAGCAGUUGACUUUGGGAUAUUUUAGGCAAGACUAAGAAAUUUCUCACGCGGCUAUUUCUAUAGCAUAGAAUCCCAAGAAACAGCAGAGUCAUUUCUUAACCAUCUUUUCUCCUCCUCCUCUUCCUCCAUAAGUCGCCGGAAAACUUAACCCGCCGCUUCUCCCGACAUGUCGGACGGCAGUCCGGCAUGCGAGUGCUGCAAGUGCUGCACCAAGUUCAUACUCACUCUAGGCCUCUUAGCGCUCUUCAUCUGGCUCAGCCUACGCACCACCAAACCCUCAUACUCCAUAAAACACUUCUCCUUACCAGCCCUCAACAAAACCACUAACUCAACUUCCACCAGAUCCAACCACACCCUCCUCUUCACUCUCCAUUUCAACAACAAGAUGAAGGACAAGGGCGUCAAAUACAGCGACCUCCACCUCAGCUUCUUCUACGGACCAAACACCAGUUUCCCCAUCGCCAACGCCACCGUUCCCGGCUUUUACCAGGGCCACGGCAAGAAAGCCGAUAAAUCUGGAGCGGUUGAGACUCGCGGAGUGCCGUGGGAGGCUGCUCUCAACCAGUCCAACCCGGUUUUCCGGGUGGAUUUGGUUGCUAGGGUAAGGUACAAGAUCUUGUUUUGGUUCACUAAAGGCCACGAUUUCGUUGUGAGGAAUACUACCGUGGAAGUUAACGACUCCGGGAAGAAAUCCGAGUCGCCGCCGCCGCCCAGGAGUCGCUCUUGUAUUGCAGCUACUACAUUUUCCCUUGUUUUGUUUGUCCUGCUUUAAUUUGCUCUUGUGAAAUACAGUAGAAUAUUAAAUUAGAAACUUAAUUGUCUUCGUUGUUGAAGCAUUCAAUUGAUUCUUAUUGGAUUGGAGAACUGUACUAUUCCUAUUGGUGCUACGUUAAUUUCUUUUUCUUUUUUUCCCCUUCCA